AUGAAUUGCCCAUCACGGACUGACGACACACUCAAAAACCCGAGCUGGAAUCAAAGCCCACCGCCCUUCAGCCCGGACGCUACUGUGCGAAAUGACUUCAAUGGUCUCGCCAAUUCUAGAGUCCAUCGCAGACAUGCCAAUUCUGCAAAUGCAGCAGGAGAUGACUCAUUUUCUAUAGACAGACCGAACAGUUGUCAAGAGCCAGACCCCGGAAAAGAAAAGGUCACCAGCGGCGAAGUGAUCGCUGCCGACUCGGGGGUGGAUCCACCCCCGAGGAGCAGCCGAUCACCUCGCCGUCCUUUUUUUACUUGUUUGACAUCUUCUACUCUGCAUUGCGCUCGAAGCCUUGCUAAAUUCACCCGCUUCAUCGGCCCUGGUUUCCUCAUCGCGGUUGCAUAUAUCGACCCCGGAAAUUACGCCACCGAUGUCGCAGCUGGUGCAGACUUCAAGUAUGCCUUGUUGUUCAUUGUGCUCAUUUCCAACCUAUUUGCAAUCCUUCUGCAGUCCCUGUGUAUCAAGCUGGGCUCGGUGACUGGUUUGAAUCUGGCCGAAAAUUGCCGAGAGCACCUUCCGAGAUGGCUAGUGAUUUUUCUUUAUGUCCUCGCGGAAGCGGCCAUUAUUGCAACUGAUAUUGCAGAGGUGGUUGGAUCAGCGAUCGCAUUGAACUUACUGUUCAAUCUUCCCUUGGUAGCUGGUUGCGCUAUCACACUGGUGGAUGUUCUUUUCAUUCUCAUUUUCUACCGACCAAAUGGCAAGAUGUGGGGACUCAGACUGUUCGAGUUCUUUGUAAUGGCUUUGGUGUUAGGUGUUGUCGUUUGCUUUUGCAUUCAGCUCUCACUUAUAAAAGACCAGUCAGUUGGUGAAGUGUUCCGCGGAUAUCUACCAUCUUCAGCCAUCGUUAAAUCAGAAGGUCUUUACCAAAGUUGUGGAAUCCUCGGUGCCACUGUUAUGCCACACUCCCUGUUUCUUGGUAGCGGCGUGGUUCAAUCCCGUCUCAAGGAAUUCGACGUCAAUUCUGGCUAUGUGGAGUCCACUGUGCCUUUAGGGAACGCCGACGGCGAAGUGAAAUAUCGCCCGUCGAUCCAUGCAAUCCGCGACUGUAUGAAGUACUCGAUCAUUGAGUUGUCGCUCUCACUUUUCACCUUCGCCCUUUUUGUGAACAGUGCAAUCCUAAUUGUCGCGGGUGCUUCUCUCUAUGGUGUUCCUGGCGGAGACAAUGCUGACCUCUUCGGAAUCCACAGCCUGCUCUCCAAGUCGAUCGCGCCAGCUGCAGGCUUAGUAUUUGCUCUCGCCCUGCUACUGUCGGGUAUUUCCGCUGGAAUUGUCUGCACGAUUGCUGGUCAAAUGGUGAGCGAGGGGAUGCUGAACUGGACCAUCAAACCAUGGAUGCGAAGACUCAUCACCCGCUCGAUCAGUAUCAUUCCUAGUAUCAUCAUUGCUGCGGCUGUUGGCAAGGAAGGCCUCGACAGGACUUUGACUGCGAGUCAGGUUGCUCUGAGCGUUCUUCUGCCAUUUGUCUCGGCGCCUCUCAUCUGGUUCACUUGCCUCAACCGCUACAUGACUGUUCGAACUGAAGAAGCUCCCGAACGAGAGGGUGAAGUUGAUGUAGUGACAGUUCCGAUGCGGAAUAAUCUAGCCACUUCGGUGGUUGCAGUCCUUGUGUGGAUUGUCAUCGUUGUGAUGAAUGUGGCCCUGCUGGUGCUGGUGGGAAUGGGCAAAGCGUCUUAA